GACCCGGGAUAUGGAAUGAAGGGAGGACGCGGAGCGAGCGCUGCUCCCUGCAGUCUCGCCAUAUAUGUUCCUAAAACCUCCCUGAGUUCACCUCCAUGGCCAGAAAUUGUCUUGCCAGACCCCGUUGAGGAGACCAGACACCAUGCGGAGGUCGUGAGGAAGGUGAAUGAGCUCAUCGCCACGGGGCAGUACGGCAGGCUCUUUGCGGUGGUACACUUUGCCAGCCACCAGUGGAAGGUGACCUCCGAAGACCUGAUCUUAAUUGGAAAUGAUCUAGACCUCCAGUGUGGAGACAGAAUUCGACUGGAGAAGGUCCUGCUGGUCGGGGCAGACAACUUCACGCUUCUUGGCAAGCCGCUCCUCGGAAAAGAUCUUGUCCGAGUAGAAGCCACCGUCAUUGAAAAGACGGAAUCGUGGCCAAGAAUCAUUAUGAGAUUUAGGAAAAGGAAAAACUUCCAGAAGAAGAGAAUCGUUGUGACCCCGCAGACCGUCCUCCGGAUAAACAGCAUUGAGAUUGCUCCGUGUUUGUCGUGAUCACUGAGUUAAUAUUUACAAAAGUCUGGAAAUAAACGCUUGCUUGCCAAGGA